AUGAAGGAGAAAUAUCACUUGGACCCUCAUGGCCUGACCCUCAUCCCUAGUCGCAUAUUCAUGCUUGAUAUGUUCCAGGUCUCCAUAGCAGUGGGUGCCAGUGUGAAGGAGCAGCACAGGACUUUCUCUAACUCACAUUACCUUUUCUUUUCAUUAGUGGCAGAGUGUCGAGGGGUCUUGGACAAUAAUCAGAGAUUUUCUUCAUUGCCAACGUACCUACCUGUGAGCUAUCGCAUCUUCAGUGCUGAGACAUCUUUCUUUCUCAAAGAAGCCAACCAGGACUUCAUGAGAAAUUCCAGUUUGCAGUCCAGGGUGGAAUCGUUCUUCCCAUACAAAGCUAAGAGACCACCUAUAUUAAAUGCCAGCUACGGACCCUUUUCUGUUGAACAAGUUGUGCCGCAGGACCUAAUGUUAACUUCCAACUUUUUUGGAUCUGCCAACAAGUUUACUUAUAACUGGAAACUGAAGGCCUAUAUAAUGAGUGACAAGAUUUACCCGAGCAAGCCCAAAGUGCAGGUGCUGUUCUACAUCGUGGGCCGGGACUGGGAUGACUACAGCACCACGGAGCGGCUGCCCUGCCUGCGCGUCUUUGCCUUUCGAGAGACGCGGGAAGUCAGGGGCAGCUGCAGGCUGAAAGGGGACCUGGGGCUGUGUGUGGCGGAGCUGGAGCUCCUGCCGAGCUGGUUUAACCCCCCCACGGUUGUCACGGGCCGCAAGAAGCCACUGGAUCAGUUAGAGGGGAGCCCUGUGGAGCUUUACUAUACAAUCCAACCAGGAGAUGAGAAAGGAGAGUGUACCGCUGAGGAUAUAAGGAAGGGGAAUGCCAUCCGGCCAGGAAAAGAUGGCAUGGAUGAACCCAUGUCCCACUUGCAGAGGAUUGGAUCUGUCAGCCUCUAUCGAGGCCAGGAGACUUCUCAGCUGACAGAGCUGCGGCUGGAUAGUAAUAUUGUCGUCUGGUUGCCCUCAAAGCCUGUCAAACAAGGAGAGGUUGUGAAUGUUUAUGUGACAAUAGCCAACAACGCUACAGUGGACCAGUUCAUACUCAGGGCAAAGGUGAAGAAAGGGGUAAACAUCCUCAGCGCAAAGACGAGCGACCCCCGGCAGUGGGACGUGAAACAAGAGGUGGGGAACGGCGGAAAGCACUCGACCACAACCGUGAUUUGUCAGAGGAUGGCACCAGGUUCAAGGAACAGAAGUAACAGUUUAUUCAAUGAGGUCGUGCAGAUGAACUUUGAAAUAGCCAGUUUCAGCAGCCUUUCUGGAACGCAGCCCAUCACCUGGCAGGUGGAAUACCCUCGGAAGGGGACAACAGACAUAACCUUGUCUGAAAUCUUCAUCUGCCAGAAGGAUCUUGUUGGGAUUGUGCCACUGGCCAUGGACACGGAAAUUCUGAACACCGCCAUCCUCACGGGAAAAACAGUGGCAGUGCCCAUCAAAGUGGUCUCCAUUGAGGAGAGCAGCGCUGUGACAGACAUCUCUGAGUCUGUUGAGUGCAAAUCCACUGAUGAAGAUGUCAUUAAG